UUUUGCGCGUUGACCCAAAAAAAUGCUUUAUGAUAUCCUGGUUUAAUCGGUAUGUCAGGAUAUAUUGAAUGUCAUAGCGGUCAUGGACAUAUCUAUAUAAAUCUCUGAGCAAGUUGUUGCUCAUUAGCACACCCUUUUGAAAGGUAAAAUGUAUGAAAAGAAACACGUCUGUUCAUUUUAUAAUGAAGAAUGCAAGUGACAUUUAUUUUCUAUUAAUUCAUUUUAGCAGUUCUAUGCUGUCAUGAAUCAUUUACAGUGUUGGAUAUGUUAAUGUAUAUGUAGCUAUGCGCAAGCAAGUGUUGUGUACUUCAACUCUGCUAAUAAUACAUUACAAAAGGGUAGCAUCGUUUUUCGUCCAUUCUUUCCAAAAAUGGUAGUUGGUGCAGCAAAAUCAUUUCGAAAGGCUUUUUUGUUGGCAUGGAUUGAAAAUUUGUGAAUUCUCGGUUGAAUAUGUCGAACCAGUCGUUCACAAUCGAUAUGAACUCAGCUGUUUCGAUCGCAUUGUAAAUAUUAUGCCCUAAUGCAUAACACCUUCUGAUAGCACUUGCAGUAUUGUUGGAAAACAACUGAGCAGCCAACUUGACCUUCUGACGACCAGCGUGGUGCAUUGUGAGAUGUGCCUCCGAUAUUUUGUAGGCUAUUGAAGCGUCUGAAGCUGAUGUUAUCGUAAGCAACUGGGCUAUUGUUCUCGACGUCAGAAAUUUAUCUUUAUAAAUAUAUCCUGUGUCAAGGAAGUGAUUCCGAAUCAGCUUAAGCGCCUGUUGCUAUAUUUGAAAACCACGUUUGCUCUCAAUAAGAGAUAUAAUUAUAGAGCAUUACAACAAAUAUUUAUGAACUCUAGCAUACCACUUGACACGUUCAACUCUUUCCAUAACGAUUGGUUACUUGCACCCAUAUCCGCUACCAUUCCUACGACAGUGAACCCAGACUCGUGAAUUUUUUGUACUAAAUUGUUCAAGAUGCAUUUUGUGAUUUUGCAGUAGUACGCACAGAAGACUGGCUGCUUCCAAGAGGACCACGUGCAAUCACAAUUUGAACGUAGUUGUACUGGCUUCGAAUGGUAUCGUUCGUGUCGUAUUCGUAUAUUGCUUCGACUUUCAUUUCAUCGAAACAAAGUUUGCACAGCCUAUCAGCAACAGAUGCUUCUUUCGCUCUCCGCAUUAUAUUUAAGGAAAAGUUCAAGACUCCAUCUACUACCGUCUACUUUUACCUUCAGGAGCCAUUUUCGAAUGGUCGAUUCUCCUGGAAAUGGAUACCCAUUCACCCCAUUUACACACGGAGACAUCUGGAAGGGAGACACUGGAAAUUAUCUUUUCAUGUCUCAUUCGCGGACACACGGGCAAAAAUGUUUUCGGCAACAAUCGUUAGCAUAUUUUGACGUUUCUCUCAUUCGUAUAGCCGUGAUUUGUUUGAAUUUUAUAUUGUGAAGAAAUAUAUUAGUUUAUUGCGAUUAAAUAUGGAUUACGAAGAAAAAUGUGAACUGAUUAAAAGCAUAUCGGAAUGCAUUGGUGAGGCUGCGGAAUUAGACUCUGACGACAGCGAUAAAGAAGAAAUACUUUUAGGAUUAGCAAAUUUGGGCGAAAAAGUUUCAUUGUUGCCUAUCAAGAGGACCAAGCGGCAAUGGGUAAAAGAAUGGCGAAAAAACAGAUGCGAUCACGGCUCGUUCGCUUUUUUAAACAAAGAGUUGCUGGUGCACGAUGAGCAGAGCUAUAAGAAUUUUCUACGGAUGUCAAAUGGCCAAUUUCAUUACUUGCUAUCGCUAAUUGCAGAUGAUAUUCAACGUUCUGAUACUUCAAUGAGAAACGCGAUUCCCGCAGCAGAAAAAUUGGCAAUGACGCUGCGGUUUCUCAGCACUGGGGAGUCUUACGUCAGUUUGGAUUACCAGACGCGAAUAUCCAAAUCCUCAAUUUGCAAGAUAGUUCCCGAGGUAUGCAGUGCUUUGUUUAACAAAUUAAAAUCGUCAUAUUUAAAGUUUCCGAGCAGCAAAUCCGAAUGGGAGGCUAUAGCAACAGAAUUCGCGGUUAAGUGGCAAUUCCCCAAUUGCAUUGGCGCAUUAGAUGGAAAGCAUAUAACUUUCCGUCCCUCACGCACUGACGGAGCUUUUUAUUAUAAUUACAAAGGCACUAACAGCAUAAUUUUAUUAGCCCUGGUGGAUGCUAAUUGUAAAUUUAUUUUCGUUGACGUGGGUUGCAACGGUCGCAGUAAUGAUGCUGGAGUUUUUCUACAAAGCAAAUUAAGUACUGUUCUUCAAGAUGAGAAAGAAAUACCAAAAGCAGCUUUAAUUGGAAACAAUCGAAGCGUUCCGUAUGUUGUAGUCGGAGACGAUGCAUUUCCUCUGCAGGUGCAUUUAAUGAAGCCAUAUCCUUACCACACGCAAUGUCAAGAAAAACAAAUGUUCAAUCGAAGACUCUCCCGGGCAAGGCAUGUAGUGGAACAUGCAUUUGGAAUUUUGUCGAAGCGAUUUCGCGUUUUUCUUGCUCCUAUAAAUCUAAAUGUGGCCACUGUAGAGAAAAUUGUAAUAACGUGCUGUACUUUACAUAAUUAUCUAAUUGAAAAUGGCGAAACAUACACUGAUGGUAGCGGAAAUGUAGAAACUGUAAACAAUAACUGCCCAAUUGGAUCGAAUAUAUUAUAUAAUCCGAGAAAAGGUGAAGCGGAGAAUGUUCGUCAAAAAUUUCUUAAAUAUUUCAAUGAAGAAGGCAAACUGGAUUGGUUAAAUAAUAAAUAAUUUCUUUUAUUUUUAUUAACGUAAAUGUAUAUAGGUAUAUAAGCUUUUGUACUUCAUUAAAAAAAAUGAAAUAAAAUAUACUUCAUGUAUAACUAAUUUACUUAAACUACAUAAGAAUUAUGACUUAUA